AUGGAAGACAAUGGCUGUGUUUCUGAUGCUGUAACUUAUGAAACAAUUAUUCGGGUUCUCUUUAGAAAAAAUGAGAAUGAUAAAGCACAGAAACUUCUUCAUGAGAUGAUUGCUAGAGGUCUACUUAAGAUUUUCCCUUGUUUUCUAUCUAUAUUACUUGAGAAAAUUAAAGACAAGGGUAUUCAACCAGAUAUGUACACAUACAAUAUAAUUAUUGAUGGACUGUGCACAAGUGGAAGACUAAAGGAUGCACUAGAGGUUUUUCAGGAGCUUUUGAUGAAAGGCUAUCAGCUAAAUGUUGUGACAUAUAAUAUAAUGAUCAAUGGGCUUUGUAUAGAGGGCUUGUCUGAUGAAGCACUAACCUUACAAUCAAAAAUGGAAGACAAUGGCUGUGUUCCUGAUGCUGUAACUUAUGAAACGAUUAUUCGUGCGCUCUUCAGAAAAUCCGAGAAUGAUAAGGCACAAAAAUUUCUUCAUGAAAUGAUUGCUAGAGGUCUUCUGUAA